CAAUAGAAAGUGGUACGUGCCAUCCUCAGCAGAUAGAGGUAUAUCUACAGGCGGCACGGGCAUGGUCCCCCUGUCAAGAUACGAGAAUACCCGUGGAAUCAGAGUGUACGGGAUCAGGGCAGUCUGUUGGAUAACUCAGACGUAUGUACUGCGUUGUCCGAUUUAGCUUCUCUCCUCGAACGCCGAUGGUCCCUUUUGGAACUAGUGCUCAGUUGUGAUCCUUGCUUCUCAUUUUUAAUAGGUUUCACCAGCAGUCAAAGCACGCACUCUUAAACCUUGUCAAGAGCGCGUCGUGGAAUAGAACUGGAAAUUUAAAUUACUCUAACCUCGAAAUCAAAUUCGGAGGCUCAGCACACCAAGCAAUGGGAAGGAUUUAGCAGUGUAAUUUACUCUUACGCUUCAGGUGUGUGUGUGUGAGUGUGUGAGUGUGUGUGCGUGCCAGAAUGCCGCUGGUGAAGCGUAGCAUCGAGCCCCGGCACCUGUGUCACACAGUGCUACCCCGUGGCAUCAAGAACGAGCUGGAAUGUGUGACCAACAUCUCGCUCGCCAACGUCAUUCGCCAACUCAGCAGCCUCAGUAAGUAUGCAGAGGACCUGUUCGGGGAGCUCUUUAAUGAGGCUCACACCUUCUCGUUCCGGGUCAACUCCCUACAGGAGCGAGUGGACCGCCUGUCUGUCAGCGUCACACAGCUCGACCCCAAAGAGGAAGAGUUAUCCCUGCAGGACAUCACCAUGCGAAAGGCCUUCCGCAGCUCCACCAUUCAGGACCAGCAGCUCUUUGACAGACAGUCGCUGCCCCUCCCCUUAAAGGAGACCUUCGACAUCUGCGAGCAGCCGCCACCCCUCAACAUCCUCACACCCUAUAGGGAUGAUGGGAAGGAGGGACUGAAGUUCUACACAAACCCCUCCUACUUCUUUGACCUAUGGAGGGAGAAGAUGCUGCAGGACACGGAAGACAAGAGGAAAGAGAGGAGAAAGCAGAAGCUGGAGUGGCCGCAGGGGUAUCGCCAUGACCCCUCUUUGCCCCCUGCCCCGGAGUUGCAAGACCCCCAUUCGUAUGAGCAGGUCUAUAAGUACUUAGACCUCCCCACACAGAUGAAGACCAUCGAUCGUACAGCAGACCUGGAGAAGAUUCCGCGGGCGCCUCACGACCGCAAGAAGGACUGGCAGAAACUCGCCCUUGGACCAGAACUAGCCCAUGAUGAGGCUGAAAUACAGCAGAGGGACCCGGGCAAUGGCGCACGGCAAGUGACGUACACGAUGGAACACGACGGGGCGUUCUCAUUGGCUGCUCUCCCAUACUGUCAGAUGAAUGAGCUUCUGAACCGAAGAGACCAGGCAGGAUACGGCAGACCUCACGAGCCCCCACCCCCACCGCCACCCAUCAGCUCCAGUUCUGGCCUGUCAGACAGCCUGGUCCAGUCUCCCGCUCGCACCCCUGGCUUCCUCAACUCCGACCCUCCUCCCCCCCCUCCGCCAUUACCCCCUCCCCCUCCCCCCCUUCCCUCCACCGUCCAAUCAGGUGCGGGCCUGCGCGGCACGCCGCCGCCCCCCAUUCCGCCCAUGCCCAACCAGCAGCCCCCGGCCAUCCCUCCGCCUCCCGCCCCCCUCCAGAUCGCCCCGGGGGUCCUCCACCCGGCUCCGCCCCCCAUCGCCCCUCCGCUCCAUAUGCUCACCGGUUCCCCGGCGCGCCUGCAGCAGGACAAAGGCCCGCCCCCGGGGAUGACGGACGGCUCGGUCCUGCCCCCUCCUCCCCCACCCCCUCCUCUUCCGCUGCCCGGAGCCAGGAGCUCGUCCCCUUCCACGGCGGUCCUGCCCUCGGUCUCAUCGCCGCCCACUCACUCGGCCCACGAGCCCAAGCGUCACCCGGCCAACCUGCCACCCAUCAGCGACGCCCGCAGCGUCCUAUUGGAGGCCAUACGGAAAGGCAUCCAGCUGCGGAAGGUGGAGGAGCAGCGUGCCCAGGAAGAGAAACACGAGCGCGUGGGCAACGACGUGGCCACCAUCCUGUCCCGCCGCAUCGCCGUCGAGUACAGCGACUCCGAGGACGACUCCGAGUUCGACGAGGUCGACUGGAUGGAGUGAACGAGAGAGAAGAAAGAAGAGAGAGAGCAUCACUCCUUUUCUGUCCCUCCCCUACUCUUGUUUUUUUCCAUCAUCAUCAUCAUCAUCAUGCCUUCACCACAGCUUUUUAUCUUCAUCACUUCCUCUGCUCUCAU